AGAUAGAGGAAUAGAUGCGUGCACUGAUUAUCACUGUGGAGAUAGCUGCUUCAUAAGAACUGCCAUCGCUCGAUUUGGUAUGAGGGGCGGCCCUUGAAGAGCUAAACACUCGUUUUGCAGCUGCUUCCAAGCUCAUCAGACAGGAUACAUGCCCCGAAAGCUACUCCGGAGGAUCACAGUAUGUCGAAAAACAGAGAUGAAAAUGAACGAUUGGACCUAUACCCAUCAAAGACUACCUGGUUUCCGCGUAACCAAGUUCUUGUAAAAUCUCGACAUGCGAGGGUCGAAUUCAAUUCUUUUGUCGAUAUAAUGCCUGUUGCAAUGGAAUUCCAAGCAGCCGUUAAAUCGAAACGGCUAUCCGAAACUCAAAUUUAGAUGGGAUUUGAUCUGAAUUUGACUGUCGAUGAUGGUCAGAUCAGAUUGUGCAUGUGAAAGUAACUGGCACAGAAUGCUUGAAAGUCUCUUGAACGCACACUGCGGACCAAGAACAGAGAGAUAGAGAAGCAUGAUAAUCUUCGAGUGGUAGGUAGAAACCAAUAUAGAUUAAGAAGAGUUAAAUUAAAUUGGUCAAGCGUAAACCUCUUUGUUUUAGGUGCAACAGCUUUGUGAUGGGUACUCAAGAUCAGACUCUCAAAUAUCUAACCACCCCUCAGAAACCACGCAGAGAUCAUCAAAAGACCAUUUUAUGCACUCUUGACCUUUCCUCAAAACCGCCAUCAUCAAGAAGAUCAACCCCCUAUCAUCAUUAAAGUUCCCCCCGCCAUGCAAUCCCACACUAAUAAAGACCAGAUGGUACUCAACAAGCUACUCUCCUUCAUAAGCCACUACGUUACCCCGGGACGGACCGUGAGGAUCAAGGAACCGGCGCCGCUGCAGGGGGCGGUUGCGGUCGGUGUCGUGGCGGGCCUGUCAGCUUCUCCCCUUGUCGGGUCGAGCUCGAGCGGGUCCUUCGGGGGCGAGGUCUGCUGCGUGUGCUUGUCAAGACUGAAGGGGGCCGAGAGCAAGGACGUGCGGGUGCUCCCCUGCAUGCACGAGUUCCACAGGGCCUGCGUCGACAGGUGGUUCGACGCCUGCCGGAGGACCUGCCCGAUAUGCCGGUUCUCCAUGGAAGGAGGAGGAGGAGGAAAUGGAGGGUGCCAUAGAGGGGAGGAGCUGACGGAAGAGCUGGUGAUCUGGUUCUCCUCUUUCCACGCAGCCGGGUUCUGAAACACAGUUCUCUACUCGGAUUCAAAUGUGCAUACAUGUCUUACGUUAAUGUUCUUGCUCUUUUGCGUUUUCCCUUCAAGAUUAGCUUUUUUUUCCUUCAUUGCACGCCAAAUAAAAUGUAUUGGUGAAUAUGGCUCCAGCAGGACCAUAAUGAAUUUUUAUUUUUU